AUGGAGGCAAAGAAGUUUCCACUACCGUGUUUCAGAGCAUGUCAUCUGAUGAGGGGACAUUCGGAACAUCGAUCGAACGCUUGGCGACCGGAGGAGGUCUAUAGAACAUGCGUACAAGCUCUGGAAGGUCGUUGUUCGCGGCGAAGCAAACUAAUUCAUGAGCAGAAGUUAGCUGUAAAGGAGUUCAUCGCAAAGGUUGAGAUUAUUCUGCUGAAUGAGUUGGGCAGAAGUCUUGAAGCGGCGAACGAGCCUGAUCGACGAUUGAUUUCGCGUCUUAAUAGAGCUUUGACAUCAUACGAUUCCAAUGACCUUGGAAUCUAUAAUGUUCCUUCGCCGUCUAGACCCGCAUGGAAGACGUGGAAUCUGGAUCAAGAAGAUCCCGUUAGGUGA